AUGAAUGUUGGGAUUGAAGGGCAGUUUGAUAACAAGCAGCACCUGAGGGUAGACAUCUCUCAAACAACCGUGGUUCCUAGGUCUGAGCUCUCAAUACCAAUAGUGUUCCUGCCGAGAGCUUGUCAGAGUUACAGGGAGACAGUGGGCUUUCUGAUCAAUGGUACUUACCAGUAUAUUGUGACUAUCAGUGGACGAGGCGUAAACUUUAAUGUAAUGCUGGUAAAUCCUGCGGAUAAGCUGAUCAGCUUAGAAGGUACAAUGGUGGGGCGGGCUAAGAAGAGAAUGGUGACUAUAAUUAACCACAGUGAGGCCUGCGUCUGUCCCACAGUCAGCCUGGAGCCGCCUGUAGCCGAAGUCACACUAGCUCCGGCCGAGCCUGUACGGCUGAAACCUGGACAGGAGUCUACCCUGGCUGUCAGAUUCUCUGCUAACACUCUUGUCAAGGGAAUAGAGCAGGAGUUGUGUGUAAGAUUCCAAGACAACACACGGGUGCUGUCUACUGUCAGAGCCAGUUCUGUUGGAAUGAAAGUGUUCCUGGACCGUCAGUUUGUACCGUUUGGUAGCACUGUCUUGGGAAACACAGCUACUAGUAGACUGCUGCUGUGUAACAGUGGGGACUUGGCUGUCAGGUGAGAGUUCUACAGAGAGAUUCCAUAUUGUGGGGUAAAACUAGUUAUUAUA